AAUCUGAGAGGCACCUUCUCUGAAAUUGGAAUCAGCUUUCACAUUUGUGUUGUGUGUGUGUCCAUACACACAAGUGGGAGAAGAAAUGCUUUAUGCCUAAGCCAUAACACAUUUAUAACCGAGAUCAAAACAUUUGACUAAUCUGUAGAAUCAAUGUCGUGUCCCUGCUUUGGAUCGUGUUGUCCUGGUUCUGAAGGGGAGCCUAUACCAAUAUACCGGCAACACAAUGUCUCCCUGAAGCCAGCAGAGCUCUUAUGGAGUACAGAAAAGCAUAAGCCUGUAAAACUUCGCACGUCUGAAUCAGGCCCUGGUUCUGAGACACCAAUAACUAUCCAUCAGAUGUUUCAGAGGACGGUGGAUUGCCACGGAAAUGAGCUUGCAUUGAAGUGGAAAGAAGAUGGAAAAUGGAUUGCUAUGACUUACAAAGAAUACCUGCUUCAGUGCAGGUCUGCUGCCAAGAGCUUCAUCAAAUUGGGGCUAGAGCAUUACCAUGGCGUAGGAAUUUUAGGCUUCAACUCCCCUCAGUGGUUUAUUGCUGACAUUGGUUGCAUCAUGGCGGGGGGCCUUUCCACAGGAAUUUAUACCACCAACACUCCUGAAGCAUGUCAGUAUGUGGCUAACAACUGUGAAGCCAAUGUACUUGUGGUAGAAAACCAGAAGCAGCUCAUCAAAGUUCUUCAGGUGAAAGACCAACUGCCGCAUUUGAAAGCCAUUGUUCAAUACAAAGGUGAUCUAGAACAGAAGCUUCCGAAUGUAUACACUUGGACAGAGUUUAUGAAGUUGGGUGAAGAGGUGCCGGAUGGGGUGCUGGAUGAUGUGAUAAAAAAACAGGCACCAAAUGAAUGCUGUACUCUUAUUUACACCUCCGGGACCACAGGAAACCCAAAGGGUGUCAUGCUGAGUCAUGAUAAUAUCACAUGGAUUGCUAAUGCUGUAGGAACCAUGACUAAUUUGAAGAUGUGUGAGGAAGAGGUUGUCAGUUACUUGCCUCUCAGUCAUGUGGCCGCUCAGGUGAACGACAUAUGGAUUACUAUGCGGUUUGCAGCAACAACCAGUUUUGCUCAGCCAGAUGCUCUGAAGGGCUCUUUAGUGGAGACUCUACGAGAAGUACAUCCAACAAGUUUUCUGGGGGUACCACGUGUGUGGGAAAAGAUGCAUGAGAGGAUGAAAGAAGUUGGUGCCAAGUCCUCAUUUUUACAAAAACAAGUGGUUGAUUGGGCCAAAGAAAAAGGGUCUAAGGCCAGUCAAAAUGAAAUGAAUGGGACUAAUGUGGUGCCUUGGGGUUUCUCUGUUGCCAACAACCUGGUUUUCAAAAAGGUGCGUUCUGCCUUGGGUCUUGACAAUUGCAAGGCAUGUUAUACAGGAGCAGCUCCCAUCACCAAGGAUACACUUGAGUAUUUCAUGAGCCUGCACAUUCCCCUUUUUGAGGUUUAUGGCAUGAGUGAGAGCACUGGCCCACACACCAUCUCCUGCCAAGAGGGCUUCUGCAUCACAAGUUGCGGUAAAGAGGUGCCUGGUUGCAAUACCAAGCUAGAUAACCCUGAUAAGGAUGGAAAUGGGGAGAUAUGCUUCUAUGGACGACAUGUGUUCAUGGGCUAUUUGAAUAUGCCUGAAAAGACAGAAGAGGCUUUGGACAAUGAGGGCUGGCUACACUCUGGGGACCUGGGUAAACAUGACAAAGAAGGUUUCCUGUUCAUCACAGGAAGAAUUAAAGAGAUAAUAAUCACUGCUGGAGGAGAGAACAUUCCUCCAGUGCCAAUUGAAGAUUUUGUAAAGGAGGAAAUUCCAAUCAUUAGCAAUGCAAUGCUAGUAGGAGACAAGAAAAAGUUCCUUUCCAUGCUUCUCACACUGAAAUGUGUCAUGAAUGAUGCAGGAGAGCCUACAGAUGAACUAAGCCCUUUAGUGAUUGAGUUCUGUCGACAGCAUGGUGUUAGUGCUACCAAAGUUUCAGAGAUCGUCAAGAACUUGGAGCCUGCUAUUUACAAAGCAAUUCAAGAGGGAAUGGAACGUGUAAACAAUAAAGCCACUUCCAAUGCCCAGAGGGUUCAGAAGUGGACUAUUCUACUUCAAGACUUCUCUAUACCAGGAGGAGAACUUGGUCCCACACUGAAGCUGAAGAGGUCAUAUGUCUCUGAGAAAUAUCAAGGACAAAUUAAUACAUUUUACUCAGGAACAUAAUAGUCUCUAAUGGGUGCACUUUCCAUUAGGCCUUCAGUGGUAAAUUGCUUUUCUAUUAAUGAUCCAUAUGAUAUGUAUCAUGCUUUUCUACAUGUUGAUUUGUAAAAUGUCUUGGUUAUUUUGCAAGCAAAUUGAUCUUUAGAACAUUGAGAUUUACAGCUAUGGUGUUAUUUUCAGGAUAUUUAUAUUACAGAAUAUUUAUAUACUAUUAUUCAGUGUGGCAUUUGCAAAAGUGGCAAUUAUUUAUGCGGUUUUGAUACUAUGUGAUUUCUUUUUAUGUCUGGUAUUUUAAUUGUGUUCUAUGAUGAUUCUGGCAGGGACAAGCUUUAUAUUUACACUUUAAUAAGCUAACAUUAUUUUAACAGUUAUCUCAGUUGAUCACUGACACUAACUAUUGUUUAUUGUUUUGAAGUGUGUUGAAAUCAAUCAGUUGUACAUCUAACUGUACAUCUAACUUUUCACUUGUGAUACUCUGUAUGAUGUAGUACACUGCAACAUAUUCUUAAUUUCAGUGAUUUUAUUUAAUCCCAAGCACUGCAUGUUAAAAUUAAAAUAAACUUGAUGCAAAAUGUU